AGGCAGGGCGGCGCGCGCCUGCGCAGUGCGGGGCUGAAUGCCAAGCCUGACAGCGCGCGUGCGUGCCGGCGUGCGCGCUUGCGUGCGUCCCGGGUUGGUGCGGUACCGGCCCAGUCGUCACCGGCGCAGAACUGCGGACGGAACGGGCCGAGGCUGGCCGUCUGUGGGAAGAGAGGCGAGGUUCAGGUCUUCUACACUUGCAGUGAAAGUUUCUUGAAAAUCUUGUUUUGAGUCUUUAAUAAAUACAACAUAAAAAUGGCUUCAAAAAGAGCUCUGGUCAUCCUGGCUAAAGGAGCCGAGGAAAUGGAGACGGUUAUCCCUGUAGAUGUCAUGAGACGAGCUGGAAUUAAGGUCACCGUCGCAGGUCUGGCUGGAAAAGACCCGGUACAGUGUAGCCGAGAUGUUGUCAUUUGUCCUGACGCCAGUCUGGAAGAUGCAAGAAAAGAGGGACCUUACGAUGUGGUGGUUCUGCCAGGAGGUAAUCUGGGUGCACAGAAUUUAUCCGAGUCCGCUGCUGUGAAGGAGGUACUGAAGGAACAAGAGAAGAGGAAGGGCCUCAUCGCUGCCAUUUGUGCAGGUCCUACAGCUCUGCUGGCUCAUGAAAUAGGUUUUGGAAGCAAAGUUACAACACACCCGCUUGCUAAAGACAAAAUGAUGAACGGAAGUCAUUAUAGCUACUCCGAGAACCGUGUGGAGAAAGACGGCCUGAUCCUCACCAGCCGGGGGCCAGGAACCAGCUUUGAGUUUGCGCUGAAGAUCGUCGAGGUGCUGGUCGGCAAGGAGGUGGCCGACCAAGUGAAGGCCCCGCUGGUUCUUAAAGAUUAAAGUGGAGAGGCUUGAUGAUGGGUCAGAGAGACAGGCCACUUGUAAUCCAGCCUCAUUGUGUUCACUUUUAAAGGGGGAGGCGGGGGGCGGUCACUGUGCAGAGAAGCCAUCUUCCUCACUCCCUCCCUGUCCAUUUGUGGCUCUGACAUGACAGUUAUGCAGAGAUUCCAGUUGUAUCCCCUCAUUUCUGAACCUUGAUUGCAGAAUAAAUAGGGCAUUUAGCAAACUA